CUGGGGCCGGGGCCGGGGCCGGGGCCGGGCCGGGCCGCUCCGCUCCGCACUCGGAGCCAUGGCCGGCGCCGGCAGGAAGAAGCAGGUUCGCUUCGCCCGGCCGGAGGCGGAGGAGACGCUGCGGGGCGGUGAGGGGCCGGCGGCGGAGCCGAGUCUCCUCCCGGAGCCCGCGCCGCGGCCUGAGAGUACUGAGCACAUUGCUGGUACUGAAAUGAUGAAUGUCCCAUACAGCCAAGUUUUCCUUUGGUCUUAUUCUCACAAUGAGAUACUUACUAUUUCCUGCCUGAAACUCACUUGGGUGCUCCACAAGCUUAUUCCAAAGGGUAUGAGCAUUGCUAUCCUGGGACCUACAUUUCAAGAUCUGGCUGCAAAUGUGAAUAAAAAUGUCAGUGAUAUUUACUACAUUUUCAUGGGUCGUUCUCUGGGGUACCUUGGUGGUUCAGUGAUUGGAGGGAUUAUCUUUGACUGCAUGAACCCUCAUCUCCUCUUGGGGUUAACCAUGCUGGGAACAGCAGUUGGUCUGUAUGCCAUACCAUGGUGUAAGAAAGCGCUUUUGUUAACUGCCCUGAUGUCAGUCAUUGGGACUUCUAUGGGUGUUCUAGACACAGGUGGAAAUGUCCUUGCAUUGAAUACAUGGGGAACAGACGCUGGACCACAUAUGCAGGCCUUACACUUCAGUUUUGCACUGGGUGCCCUUGUGGCCCCAAUCCUGGCAAAAAUGGCAUUGGGCAGCUUCAUAUCUCCUAAAGUCCAAAGAGAAGAUGAAAAGACAAACCACUCUGUUCCGAGUGAUAUACCUAAUGCACUGUCUGGAUCAGCAAUGACACUGCAUUCUAAUGUGAGCUUUACGUGGUCCUACAUUUUCAUAGGGACCUAUAUUUUGAUAGUUUCUUUGUUGUUUGUUGUUCUGUAUUCAAGGACCGGCACAGUGCGAGAUAAAGCAAAAGCUUCUCUGCAGAAAUGCCAAAUUCCCAAAUACCACUGUGCCCUUCUCAUUCUUCUUUUCCUUUUCUUCUUUUGCUAUGUAGGAGCAGAGGUCAGCUAUGGCUCUUACAUUUUCAGUUAUGCAAAGGUUUAUGCAGACAUGAAAAAAAGUGAAGCAGCUGGUUUGAACUCCCUUUUUUGGGGAGCAUUUGCAGCUUGCAGAGGACUGGCAAUCUGUUUUGCUACCUGUUUAUACCCUGGUACUAUGAUUCUGCUGAGUGUCAUAGGUUCCACUGUCUCUUCUCUGUUCCUGGCACUGUUCAGUAAGCAUCCAGUUUCGCUCUGGGUUGGGACAGCAGUGUAUGGUGCUUCAAUGGCUACCAUCUUUCCCAGUGGCAUUUCCUGGAUUGAACAGUACACCACCAUACAAGGAAAGUCUGCUUCUCUCCUUAUAGUUGGUGCUGCCUUGGGGGAGAUGUGCAUUCCAGCAGUGGUUGGGUUUCUUGGAGGAAAAUUUCACAAUGUCCCUGUGAUGAUGUAUACUGCACUGGGAACAUCUGUAAUGACAGCAGUACUAUUUCCUGUGAUGUAUAAAUUAGCCACUUCUCCCAGUGAGAAUAAGUUAAAAGAUGGUGGUGGGAACGAGGACCAAAAAGCUUUGUUGUCCAACUUUGAAUUUAAUGAAGAUGAGGAAGAUGAAGAGGAUGCAGGAGAAUGGAAUGAAGCAGACUUUGAAGUAAUUGAAAUGAAUGAUACAGUGAGAGAGUCUGUGGUAGAGACAUCUCAAAAGAUCCCAGGGGAGUCCCCAGCGAAAGUGUCCAUGCAGCCACCUUCAAACAUAUUUAAUUCUUCUCCAGUGAUUGCUCUUAGCUCCCCAGGGAGAAAGCAAUUCAAUAGAGACAGAGAGAAGAACGAUUAAAGGAAAAGCUAGGCUGCUUACUUGAAAUGAUUGCCUGGAUUCUGUAAGGUGGUAAUCACAAUCAAAUAAGCUGUUUUUGUAAAGAGAUUCAGAAUUUUAAUAGUGGUACAAAGCCAAGUGUUUCAGCCUCUGUGCUUGCCAAAUCCCAGGUUAUGCUUUUUUAUUUUACUCUGCAAUCAUGCAUCCUGGAGUGGCAAAGAACGUGUAGGUUGGACACACCAAAGAGGGAGUCUGUGGUAAUACGAUCAGGUGUUGUGUCAUGGAACUAAAAGCAAUUUAGACUAAACAUAUGGGAAACAUUUCUUAAAUGCGUGGCUGUAAACAGUUUCUCGAAGAAAGCGGUGGGCACCCUAAUGUAACUUAAAGUGAGAUUGUUCGGAGUAUUUUAAACAUAUUUUUAGAACAAUCCUUUGUUGGCUGGAAUAGACCAGGACACACAGUGAUCUUAACUGAUCACACUCAUACAAAUCAGAAAUGAGAGAAGAAUAUUGAACUUCUUGAAUCUAGUGAAGGGGAUAUUCCAUGGCACUUAGUUUGGUAUGUAACAUAAACCAGGAAAUUAAGUUAAACAACAAGCUGUCGGUUGUGUCCUUGUCCUUUUGGGAAAGUGGAAAAGUUGAUAGUUAAUGGAUGUAUUGUUGACCUUGACUGGGAAUUGCCUGGCUUUGUCAUUUUCAUGUAAUGUUGUUUAAAUAUAGAUUUCUGUGUUCAUUUUAAAUCAUGGAAACAUCAAAUGUGUUACACUAGAAUAAAAUAUUUAUUUAGGGAGGUUUUUAAAAAUGUGUAUUAUGUACUCGUUCCAAGGUUGCUUUGAAGAACAAAACGGUUUGUCGCACAUCUGCUGCAUUUUUUUAUUUUGGGAGGAUGGAGAGAGGGGACAAGGGAGUUUUUAAAAAGUAGUUGUGCUGACCUGCUAUAAUUUUUAACUCUUGAUUGUUGAGCCAUUAUGAGCUACUCUUUAAUCAAUGUUUGAUAACAAACUACUGGUAUCACAGGCAGUAUACACAGUAGCGUAAUUACUUUACCUAUACCAAAGCUAAAUUUCAAAGGCAAUUUUACCUUCUUAGUAACCAGGAACCCCUAGUCCAUAGUAUUGACUGAGGACUCUCAAAUGAAAUUGUUCAAACAAAAGUUUUAAAGAUCUGUUCUGGCUUUCCCUGAAGUUAAUAGCAAAAAUCCAGUGGGAGCACAUACUUCUCUAGAAAAGGAAAAUACGUAUCUUUUUUUCAAAGCAAAAUGUACAAAACUGUCUGACUGUGUGCAAAGCUUAGCUUAUGGCACACUUCAAUAGCUGUAUACUUCUGGAAAAUUAAUAGGUUACAGUUACUAAUGAAACCUUCCCUUUUCUAACAGCCACAGUAUUUAGUGCAAUCCAAGUUCUGAAAGGUACCAGAGGGUGACCUAUAACUGCUUCUUUUGUGCAAGUUGAAUUGGUGCCCUCUGCUUUUUACUCUGGUAACAUUGUAAUGUUUCAGAUACUUUGGAUGAUGUAUUUGCAAGCUGCCUUAAGAGAAGGUCCAUGUUUUGCACAGAUGAGGUACAGUGGAGUGUUUCAUGAACGUCUUGGGGGUGUGUGUGUAUGAGAGAGAGAUUGGAAAUAUCAUGCUGGGGGAGGGGAGAAACACUGAGUGCUAGCAAAUAAAUAAAUCACCAUAAUGCCAAGAACAGACAAAUAUCGAAAGUGUUGUUUAGAAUUAAUUUGGAGCCUUCCAUUUAAUGCAGUCCUUCUAUCUGAAAACCCAGAUUUUGAAGGCAGCUUUCUCUGAGGCUGCAUGAUCAAAACUUGCUGUUUGUAUUGCUCAUUGGAUAGUUAAGACUUUUGUUGGUAAUUUUACUUUUGUAGUAAGAGUUGCAGUUUGCUUAUUUACAUUUUGGAGUGUUUCUGUUGUGGUACAGAAACCUUUUUUUAGAAGUUUAGGUUUAUGACUGCUUCCGCUCUUCUCUCUCUUCCACCCCCUCCCCCCCCCUUUACAAAUUUCGCUUUCCUCUGAAAUCUGAGGGGAAGAAAUGGAGCAAGACCUAGCCAUACUGGAAAACUUUAUACCCUGGUAGUGAAAAUGAAAUCCAAACUCCAUGGAGAAACUUGGGCUCCAUAAUCAGGAACUUACUUUAAGUUUGCGAUCAUAGCUGCUUUCUCCACAGUGGGCUGCUCAGUGUAGAGAGAUUACAUAAUGUGGAGGUUUUAUUUCAAGUUCACUGUAUAAAUUCCUGCAUGAUACAUGCACCUAAAUAAUAUUUUAAAUAUAUAUAUAAUAUAUAUCAUAUAAAUGAUCAGAGGGUUCCCUUGUGAUACAAUAUAAGAGUGGCAAAGUGUAACACUCAAAUAAUUGGGGUAGCAUAAAGCUUUUUCUCUGUCAUAGGACAACUGAUGGAAAAAUUGAAACUAAGAAAUGCGAUAUGUAGACAAAAAACCAAAUCUGUAGUGUAGGUCAUCAACUGCUUUGACUAAUGUCAUGUGGAAAUCUAGAAUCAAGUUAUACAUUUAAAAAUUACUUAGUAAUAAGCUUGUCUGUAAGUCAUUCCUAAAAUGUUCAGAUUGACCCCUAGCACCCAGUAUUUUUGAGUGAUCACCCGUCUCUUCAAAUUUGAGCACUUUAGUUAUUAUGCAAUGAAAACGUUGGUGAUGGGAUGUACUUGCACAACAGCCAGCUUUCCCUCACUACCCCCUUUCAACAACUGUAUUUAAAUGUAUAUAGGCAGUUUUUGUACAUCAGGUGAUACAUACUGUUAAAUGUAAAAUAUACUAAAGAAAGACCAGCCAGGAUGUAAGUCAGUUUAGAUUGAUUAAGAAAUUAAUGAGUGACAUGCUGCCUUAGAAUAUUACAAGUUUCCUCUGCUGUCAUCUUAAGAUCCAACAACUAUAUAAAAGUUGCAGCCUUAUGUCAGUCACUCUGUUGAGGGAUUUCUGGGCUCUUUGUUAGCUGGAAAACACAAGUUACUGGUGUUUACUUAAAUUCAUGUAGCUUUAGUAUAUUUGAAUUUAAAAGUUUCCUGGUUAAACUGCAAUACCUGGUAAGUGCCUUCUUUGUCAGUCAAUCAGUGUUUAAUUAGGACCUUAGUUUUGAAUUUGAUCAGAACCUUAAGAGACAAAGUAUUUUAUACUAGAAACAACCAAUGUCCUCCAUAUUUUUAUUGGUUAAUUUGAUUAUUUGGCAAUACAGUUGUCAUUUUAAGAAACCCUUGUUUCCUUAAGUGUCAGUGAUCAUCUUUAAAUAGUGCAACAUUUCAGUUAUAGGCUUGUGGGAGCUGUGUUAUGCUCAGUGAUAGCUAACUGAAUUAAUAGCAGUUGCUUAUGUCAUUGAGAAUCACAGGAACAGACUGAAGAAAGAGGAAAACACUAUGAACAUUUGCACAUCAGUGCAAUAAGAUCUGUUCCUCUUGCUUCAUAGUUAAGGUGGGCAGCUGGCAGCAAAUUGUCAUCUAUUAGUAUGUUUUCAUUUAGCCUGAAGAUUGGCAAUGUCCAUAAAAAAAAACAGAAUGCAAUACUGUUUUUAAGAUGAAGCAUUUAAAUGAUAAGGAACAAUGUGAAGGUAUUUUUGGUAUUUGCACUUUUAUCUCCUAAAUGAGACUGCACAAAGCUAGUAAUCUCAAGUAAGCAACAGUUCUUUGUGGUUUUUCCGUUACUCCAGUCUUGUUGCUUACUGCUUAUGCAACAAUCUACACUUACAUGAAUUGAGUUUUUUCCAUGCUUUUGUGUAUGGUGGGCUUUUUGAUUUAAUAUAUUUAGGUUGAAAACUGCUUGAUUACAUGACUGUGUAAUGUGAAAUUUAUUGGAUAAACUGUUUCUUGAAUGUAAUAAAUUGCUCUAAUUUACAAACAGGAGUAUCUUUUUAUAAUAAAGCUUGUACUGUGUUUCUGAACACUA